GCACUCGCAGUGCACCGCCACAUGGCAGCCCGGCCGCCGAGCCGAACGCUGCCACCACCGCGUAGCGCCGCGUAGCGCCGCGUAGCGCCGCCGUGGACAUGGACAGGCCGUCUCCGAGUGCAUGAUCGCGAAUCGCGGCCAAUCAGGGUGAGGCGGACGCGGCCUUCUGAGUGAAAGAGAGAGAGAGACAAACGGACUGGGGCCCAGCCAGGCCCGGCCCGCCGUGAGAGAUGUCCGCCGUGGUUUGCGUGGUGUGCGCCGCGCCCGCGCCGCUCAAGUGCUCCGCGUGUCAAGGAUCGGCGUACUGCUCGAGAGAACACCAGAAGCAGCACUGGAAGACGCACAAGGUUUCCUGCCGCCCGUUCGAGGUGCGGUCGUCAGCUGAUCUGGGCCGCCACCUGGUCGCGACGCGGGAUGUGGCGGUCGACGCCGUGCUCCUCACGGAGGCUCCCCUGGCGGUAGGCCCGCGCCACCAUGACAACCCUCGCGGCCCCUGCGUGGGGUGCCUGCAGGCCCUGCCCGCCGUCCCCACCGAAUCACAGGCGAUGUGCCCCGGCUGCCUGUGGCCGUGCUGCUCCACGGAGUGCCCCGGCCUGGGCGACGCCCUCCACCACGGCGCCGAAUGCCGCGUGCUGCAGGCCGGCCGCCACGUCGUGCUGCAGAGCGACCUGCGCUACGACGCGCUGCUGCCGCUGCGCUGCCUGCUGCUGCAGAAGACCAGCCCGUCGCGAUGGCGCAUCUUGCAGGCCAUGGACUCACACUCCAAGGACCGCGGCCCCGGCACGCCCGUGUACCGCGAGACGCAGAACCGCGUCGUGUCGUACUUGCGUGACAACUUCCUCCGGCCGCUCUCCGUCAUCGUGUCCGGCUCCCGCGCGUCCGCCGACUCCGUGGAGGGGCUGCUGGAGGACUGCUCCGAGGCCACCAUCCACCGCAUCGUCUCGGUCCUCGACGUGAACGCCCUCGAGAUCGGCUCCGGGGGCGUGGAGUUGUCGGCCCUCUACCCCACGGCCUACUUGAUGGAGCACAGCUGCGUCCCGAACACGAGGCAUACCUUCGGGUCGGCGUCGUCGGCGGAGCAGCGCUCCGACCGGGCCAGCCUGGACGCCGACUUCAAGAUCACGCUCCGCGCUGGCGUCGCCAUUAAGAAAGACGACCACAUUUCCACCAUGUACACGCACAUCUUGUGGGGGACGAUGGCGCGGCGCGAGCACUUGCUUGCCGUCAAGGGCUUCCACUGCCGCUGCCGGCGUUGCGGGGACCCCCGCGAGCUGGGCUCCAUGCUGAGCGCGCUGCGGUGCCUGUCCUGCGGUUCCCGCGGCGACGUCGCGGACGACGCCUUCCUGCUGCCCACCGACCCCCUGGCAGACAGCGCGGACUGGCGCUGCGCCGGCUGCGGGGCGCCCCUCGCCGCGGAGCACGUCGUCCAGGUCGUCGCCUCGCUGGACGAGCAAGUGGGGCGCGCGCUGGAGGGCACGGGGGACGCGCGGAUGCUGGAGGACGUGGCCAACAAGCUGGACAAGCUGCUGCACCCGCACCACUACCACUGCCUGCAGGUGAAGCACUCCCUGCUGCAGGUGUACGGCAGCCAGCCCGGCCUGGAGAUGGACCGCCUGAGCGAGCAGCAGCUGCAGCGGAAAGCAGCGCUGUGCCGCGAGGUGAUGGGCGUGCUGCUGCAGCUGGACCCGAUGCUGUGCCGCUUGCAGCUGUACGCCUCCGUCUGCCUGCUGGAACUGCAGCGCGCCGACCUGGAGGCGCUCAAGAGGUCCCUCGCCCUGCCCGCCACCUCCGCGGCCGCCGUCGCCGCCGGCGUCCAGGACAUGCGCUCGCUGCUGCAGCGCGCGGUGCACGCCCUGCGCUUCGAGGCGGACUCCAGGACGGCGUCGGACGGCGCGCGGAUGGCCCUGGCCGUGCACCGGGCCCGGCAGGACCUGGACGUGUGGGCGCGCGUGCACAAGGUGGCCGUGCCGCCGGGAGGGCAACAUGGUGGAAAUGAUGAAACAAGGCGUUGUACUGUUGGCAGCGCGAAUAAUUUAUUUUUAAACUUUCAACAAAGGUUAAAGUGUUGA